AUGAAGAAUGAAGUUAUUGAAAUGGGGCCUGUGCUCACUAGUGAGCAUGAUCAAUUGCUUGACAAACCAUAUACUGCAGAUGAAAUGAAAAAGCCUUAUUCUCAGUUCCAGGAGACAAGGUUCCUAGACCUGAUGGCUUUGGCUCACAAUUCUUCAGAGAUACUUGGCAGAUUACAGGAGAUGAGUAACACAAGCUAUUCUCAAUGUGGUGCUUUUGUGAAGGAGAGAUUUAUUGUUCAUAAUAUAAUGGUGUGUCAGGAUUUAGUGAGACAGUAUGGUAGGAAAAAAGUGAAAGAGAGUUAUAUAAUGAAAUUACACAUGAAAAAAGCAUAUAAUACAAUUGACUGGGACUUUUUAGAAGAGAUAAUGUAUGCUUUAAAAUUCUCUAAAAGAUCUAAGAGAGGAUUCAGACAAGGGGAUCCCAUCUCCUUAUUUCUCUUUGUAAUCUGCAUGGAAUAUCUUUCCAGAUUGAUGAGAAAGCUUGAAUCCCAUGCUCAUUUCAAGUAUCAUCCAAGUAUGCUCCAAACUUUUAAGCUUUUUUCUUCCUCUUCUGGGUUGCAAAUUGGUGAGAGCAAAUCAGAGCUCCGGAAGAUUCUAGUUGCAGAAUGUAAUGGGAGCAUUGAGAAGAUGCGAGCAAGAUUCGAUGCCUGGAGCAAUAGAGAUCUUUCUUAUGAUGCUAGACUCCAGCUCAUAAACUUAGUUUCAUUGAGCAUACACAUAUAUUGGGCACAAAUAUUUAUACUACACAAGUACAUUCUCAAGGAAAUUGAGAAGAUUUAUAAAUCUUUUCUUUGGUGUGGGGAGCAAGGGAGCAGAAAGCCUGGAAAUGUUGCUUCGCAGAAGGUUUGCACUCCAAGACAACAAGGCGGGCUAGGUGUGAGAUAG